UUGCUCAAGUUGAGGCUAUUCUCAAUAGCCGUCCUCUAUGUCCCAUGUCAUCUUCCCCGAAUGACUUCCUAUCCUUGUCCCCAGGGCACUUUUUAAUUGGAAGACCAUUGAAUGCACUACCGGCUCCUUCAUUGGAUAACGCUAAAGAGAGCUCCCUGGAUAGAUAUGGCAGACUUGAACAAAUCCGCCAACACUUCUGGAAGAGAUGGCAGAAGGAGUAUAUCUCAGAAAUGCAACUACGAACCAAAUGGAAGGUUGACAAAUCAAAAAUAAACAUCGGAGACCUCGUACUGCUUCAAGAGGAUAAUUCUCCACCACUUUGUUGGCGCAUGGGGCGUAUCGUUCGAUUAUUCCAUGGAACAGACGGCGUUUGUCGAGUUGCGGACGUCGAAACUACAAGAGGCUGCGUUCGAAGACCCUUGGUUCGACUAUGUCCUCUGCCCACUUCUGAAGACCUUCAAGCUUGAAAAUCUACGCUUUUCACCGGGGGGAGGAUUAUGUCUACGCCUGUUAAUUUAUAAUAGCAAUCGCGCACCCACCAUCAUAGAUUAUCAUUUUUAUUUUUAUUUUAUUAUAUCGGGUAGAAUGUAAUUUUUACACUUAUCUAAAAAUCUUUGUACAAAGGUGUGUCGGUCUCGAAAAUAAAUUGUUUU